GGGCUCGCUCCGGCCGGGCUGGAGGCUGCGGGCUGCCGGCGAGGGAGAGGAGACCUCUAGGCAGCCUGCCCUGCCGCCAAGUGAGCGGGACCCGCAAGAAGACAGCCGCCCCCGGCUGGAAUCGAGAGGCUGCUCGCUUGCUGCUGAGGGCACUUUGGAGCAGUAGCAGGUCGCUGAAGUAACUCCGGCACGCUGCUGACUGCGGAGUUGUAAAGAACUACGUGCAAGUGGCUGCAGUAGUGCUGGAGAACGCUUUGCUGUUACCAGGGACACAAUAGUUUUCAAGUCAUUAGAGCUUUGCUUCUGGUCCUCUCCUUCCAUUAUACAGAGAGGGUCAUUCUUUGGAAGGAUGAGGAUGGAGCUGUGAUUUCUUCCAGUGGCGCUCUAGUGGAGGGGGACAAGGGUGGGGGAAGAGGCUUUAGAAGCAAAACCCCACAGCUGCUACAUUCAGAUAACUUGAAUUUCCCCACAUUUUUUCAGGCGUAGGGAGACACAAUGCUAGAGAACUUGAAUCUUCUUCGGGCUUUUUGGGGUCUUUUCUUUAUCUUCUGGACUGCUUUUAACACAGCCUUAGUGGAUGUGGUUGGAUCGGAGCAGCAGAUCCCCUUGUCUGUUGUAAAGCUCUGGGCCUCAGCAUUUGGUGGGGAGAUCAAAUCUAUUGCAGCCAAGUACUCAGGUUCCCAGCUCCUGCAGAAGAAAUACAAAGAAUAUGAGAAGGAUGUUGCAAUAGAAGAAAUUGAUGGCCUUCAGCUUGUGAAAAAGUUAGCAAAGAACAUGGAAGAAAUGUUUCACAAAAAAUCUGAAGCUGUACGGCGUCUUGUUGAAGCUGCAGAAGAUGCUUACCUGAAACAUGAGUUUGAUGCUGAUUUGCAGUAUGAAUACUUCAAUGCUGUGCUCAUAAAUGAACGAGAUGAAGAAGGAAACUAUCUGGAGCUGGGAAAGGAGUUCAUUCUGGUGCCAAAUGACCACUUCAAUAACUUACCUGUGAACAUCAGUCUGAGUGAUGUCCAAGUACCAACAAAUAUGUACAAUAAAGAUCCAGCCAUUGUAAAUGGAGUUUAUUGGUCAGAAUCCUUAAAUAAGGUGUUUGUUGAUAACUUUGAUCGUGACCCUUCUCUCAUCUGGCAGUACUUUGGAAGUGCAAAAGGAUUUUUCAGACAAUAUCCAGGUAUUAAAUGGGAACCCGAUGAGAAUGGAGUCAUUGCAUUUGACUGCAGAAAUAGAAAAUGGUACAUCCAAGCAGCCACUUCUCCAAAAGAUGUAGUAAUUUUAGUAGAUGUCAGUGGCAGCAUGAAAGGGCUUCGAUUGACUAUUGCUAAACAGACAGUUUCAUCUAUUUUGGAUACCCUUGGUGAUGAUGACUUCUUCAAUAUAAUUGCUUAUAAUGAAGAACUUCACUAUGUUGAACCAUGUCUGAAUGGAACAUUAGUUCAAGCAGACAGAGCUAAUAAAGAGCAUUUCAGGGAACACCUUGACAAGCUUUUUGCAAAAGGAAUUGGAAUGCUGGACAUUGCUUUAAAUGAAGCUUUCAACAUGCUCAAUGAAUUCAACCACACAGGACAAGGAAGUAUUUGCAGCCAAGCCAUAAUGUUGAUUACUGAUGGAGCUGUGGACACAUAUGAUACGAUAUUUGCAAAAUAUAAUUGGCCAGACAGAAAAGUUCGUAUUUUUACCUAUCUGAUUGGAAGAGAAGCUGCUUUUGCUGAUAACCUGAAGUGGAUGGCCUGUGCUAACAAAGGCUUUUUUACGCAGAUUUCUACCUUAGCUGAUGUUCAAGAGAAUGUCAUGGAAUACCUCCACGUUCUUAGCCGACCAAAGGUUAUUGACCAAGAGCACGAUGUAGUAUGGACUGAAGCAUAUAUUGACAGCACUCUCCCUCAGGCUCAAAAGCUUGCUGACGAUCAGGGAUUGGUGUUGAUGACGACUGUCGCCAUGCCAGUAUUUAGUAAGCAAAAUGAAACUAGAUCCAAAGGGAUUCUCCUGGGAGUAGUUGGAACAGAUGUCCCAGUUAAAGAGCUUUUAAAAACUAUUCCAAAAUACAAGUUAGGCAUUCAUGGAUAUGCUUUUGCAAUUACAAACAAUGGGUAUAUUUUGACUCAUCCAGAACUUAGGCCUUUGUAUGAAGAAGGGAAGAAACGAAGAAAGCCCAACUACAGUAGUGUGGAUCUUUCUGAGGUUGAGUGGGAAGACAGAGAUGAUGUGCUCCGAAAUGCAAUGGUGAAUCGGAAAACAGGGAAGUUCUCCAUGGAAGUCAAAAAGACAGUGGACAAAGGGAAACGGGUAUUGGUGAUGACAAAUGACUACUAUUAUACAGACAUCAAGGGUACUCCAUUCAGUUUAGGUGUGGCUCUCUCUAGAGGACAUGGAAAAUACUUCUUCAGAGGGAAUGUAACUGUAGAAGAAGGUAAGAUACUCUCUACGUGGUCAUCUGUAGGUAUCCAGAUGAAACUUGAAUUUUUCCAGCGGAAAUUUUGGACUGCAAGCAGACAGUGUGCAUCUCUUGAUGGCAGAUGUUCUAUAAGUUGUGAUGAUGAAUCUAUCAAUUGCUACCUAAUAGAUAACAAUGGAUUUAUUUUAGUGUCUGAAGACUAUAGGCAGACUGGUAACUUUUUUGGGGAAGUUGAAGGGGCUGUGAUGAACAAAUUACUAACAAUGGGUUCCUUUAAGAGAAUUACACUUUAUGACUACCAGGCCAUGUGUAGAACAAACAAAGAGAGUAGCGACAGUGCCCAUAACUUACUGAACCCUUAUAAUGCCUUCUUUGCUGCAGUAAAAUGGAUUAUGACUGAGCUUGCCUUGUUCCUUGUGGAGUUUAAUCUAUGCAGUUGGUGGCACUCUGAUCUAACAGCAAAAGCACAGAGACUGAAGCAAACCCUAGAGCCCUGUGAUACUGAAUAUCCAGCUUUUGUUUCUGAACGCACUAUAAAGGAGACCACAGGGAAUAUUGCUUGCGAUGACUGUUUCAAGUCUUUUGUCAUCCAGCAAAUCCCAAGCAGCAAUCUUUUUAUGGUGGUAGUAGACAACGAAUGCUUCUGUGAUUCUGUCCCGCCGAUUACCAUGGCUCCUAUAGAAAUAAGGUAUAACGAAUCUCUUAAAUGCGAACGUUUAAAAUCUCAGAAGAUAAGAAGACGGCCAGAAUCUUGUCAUGGAUUUCACCCUGAAGAAAAUGCAAGAGAAUGUGGUGGUGUCCCAGGCCUCAGUGCUAAACCUCCUUUUGUUCUUCUUCCUCUGCUGUUGACAAUUUUCUCAAGGUGACAUUGACUGAUGUGUUCAGUUGGCAUGCUAAUACAUGGAUAAACUGGGAACUGGGAAAUGGUGCAACACAGAGGACAUGAAAUAUAGUCAGAGCAUCAGCAUUUCAUGAUUUUAAACUGUUGGUGAUAUAAAUUCUUAAAGAUACGCUGAAAAAAAAGAUUUAUCUUUUUACUUUGCUAGUCAUGCAGAUGUGAAUUUGGCAUAUGGUAGUCAUGAUUCAUAAAAAAAAAAGGACUUGGUAGACAGACAGAGGUGACCAUUGCUUUGUCCCAUUGAAAAUAAUUUAAAAGUGUGUACUUUUUCAAUAAAGUAUAUUAAAAUCACAGUUUCAGAGUGCAUUCUAAGUCCAGUAAUGUAUUUGUUCCAUUAAUUAGUAAUGGGAAGAAAAUAAACUAAGUCAAAGAUA